AUGAAGAGUAACUUAUUGUCAAAGGUGAGAGCAGCAUCAGUCUUUGGGUUACUCACAGAUGAAGUUUCCGACGUAUCAGUUGCGGAAAAUCUUGUUACCUUCAUACAGUUUUUUUGCGAAGACACUGGCAGUGUUGAAACACACUUCUUGGCCUGUCAGAAUAUACUUACAUUUUUUGAGUCUGCAAAUUCUGAGGCAAUUUCUGCCCUGAUUAUUGAUGGACUUGUGAAACAUUGUGGUUUAAGUUUGUCUUCUGUCACAGGCCUGGCCCCCGAUGGUGCCUCAGUGAUGGUUGGGAAACGAUCUGGUGUUGCUGCAAGGUUAAAACAAGUCAAUCCUAUCCUUUUAAAUGUUCAUUGUGUUUGCCACCGCCUAGCACUGGCAUGUACAGAUAGUAACCCGUCUUUUAAAUACAUCAACAAUGUAGAAACAUUAUUACGACAAUUGUAG